AUGAGUUCGGCGUCGGCACCGGGACUUUCGGUGAAACUCCUGACGGCAAAUUAUUUCAGUUCAAACGUGGCGCUCCCGUCCUACUCGCUGGCGCUUAAGCCUCGUUCCUUGCUGGACAUCUCAGACACAAGAACACAGGAAGCGCUUGUUGUGAAAGAUCUCUUGUUUGUUUUGCUAGGGUACGAGGGGAACUACGUCCGUUACAGCGAGAGGUAUGAUGCUACACGAGUACAAGAUCGAAUUCGUGGUCCUGACUUUAAGACGGCUAAACACUUGAAUGUGGCCUUGAAGAGCAUCACCAAGAAACUAGCGACCUACGGCAAAUGGUUCUCGGGACUUGAUAACUUUGUUCAGAUAUAUGAUCAUCCGAAAUUGGGCAGAGUGAACCAGCGAUUGUGUUUUGAAAUCAAGCAAUUUUUGAAACAGUACCAGAGGCUUGUGCUUGAGUUUGAAAACCAUCUGAGGAGAGCUCAGCUUUCUGUUACGGAGAUGGAUAACUUGAUAAUGCAACGCUGUGCUAACACUAUGGCUCAUCUCUAUGAAAUCGCCAAUAAUAUACAUACGAAGACGGAAGAGCGUACGGAGUCUCCUAGCUUCAACUCAUUCCUCGACUUCGUGAAACAAGACCUCGAGAUGAACGGCUCCAUCAAUUCUUCCACCGAUACCAACAAGUUUAACAUGUGUAAAGGUGGCGUUGUGUUACAGCUUGUGACAGAACGAAUCAAUACAUACAAGGGAGAUUCCGAGGCCUUUCAGCUUCUAACACAGCUAUUUGACGCUAUUUCAACGGACUAUGUAUCGCUACUCAACCAAUGGCUCACAGAGGGCCAGAUUGACGAUCCUUUUGGUGAAUUUCUUAUCAAGAAGAACGACCUACCGACGAACAUCUUCUAUUCGAACAUGGAGAAGUACUGGAGCGAGCUAUAUGUUAUCAAGCUUGAUGGUGUACCGGAUCAGCUUGCAAAUAAGGAUAUUCAACAGAAGGUUUUGGCUACAGGCAAGUACCUUAACAUCUUUCGUCAAUGCAGCGGUAUCGUCACCUUUAUGAACCUCCCUGAGUUUGAGCAAGUGUCUACGAAUCCAAUUGGGAGUUUGUUUUCACCAGAUCUUCAUCUCAAGAUCAUUCACAGUUAUAAAUUGGCAAAUAAGCUCUUCUUGAGACUCUUACUUGAAGGUUAUCACUUCCAUAAUCUUGUUGAAGACCUUCACGAGACCUUCCUCUUGAAUCGCUCAUUCCAUAUCGACAAGUUUCUCACCUCAGCAUUCCACGACCUCUCCAGGGAUAAACACUCAGUGCCUACCGCCAGGGUCCAAAGGCUUUAUGAUCAGAUUGUUCGUAAGCCUCUGGAUAAACCAAAGGACGGCGACACGACGAUUUCAGACAUUCUUCCAUUCUGUGAAAGUUUCAACGUCGAUUCCAAUAACUUCUAUGAACUUGCCGAGGAAAUCAUAGCCAUUGAGUCGUUUGAUGCCGACAAAGAAUUGAAGGAUUCGGAAUCUGUAUCGAACGCCAUCAAGAGAAUCGUCAGCCAGUCCUUAUCUCGGCGUCAAGCAUCGCUGUCGGAAUCCGAGAGGCCGCCUCGUUCGCUGCAUGAUCUAGAUGCCAUUGACCAAUAUACUGUUGCCAGUGUCAAUGUUGAUUUAAACCUCCCAUUCCCAAUUAAUCUUAUCAUUGGCGAUAACUUUGUCUUUGAGUACCAGCUUCUUUUCAAACUCCAAAUGAUUUUGAAAUUUGCCAGUAUGUCCACUGACAGAACAUGGAAAGAAAUCAAUUUCUCGACGGUGUGGAGGUACAGAGGGUUCCAUCCAGCUGUUCAAGCGAACGUGGGAAGGUGCAGAGCGCUCAAUGCCAAUGUCAAGGGUUUCAUCAACACUCUUCAAAGCUACUUCAACUUCUCAAUUGUUGAGGAGAACUUUGAAAAGUUGCUGACUACCCUUGACAAAUACGCUCUCAAUGCAUCCAAAGAGAUAGCGCCUCAGCAUUUAAGCAACGACAAGAACUUCAUCAAGUCGUUCUUCAGCGGCAACGAUGUUUUUGAAGAGAAAAUCAACGCCAUGAACCAGAAGCAAGGCUCUACCACCCAAAAGCACAUCGACGAGAACUUUGACGAUGUACAAGAAUUAAAAAACCAUGUGGGAACAUAUCUCAACAACAUGUUGCGAGAUGCUAUGGUGACAGACGAGCAGCUUCUUCUGAGUCUACACAAUGUGUUAAACAUUGUCAUCCACAUCAACAACUACAUGAGCAGGCUCAAAAAGUCGUUGGUGUUGAUGGACGAGAGACAAUUUGCUGCAUUCAGAAGAGACAUGCCUGAACGGUUUGCUGACCUGGAGAUCAGUCCGGAAUUGAUUGGAUCCAGAGCGGCGUCGUUCAAACAGAUUGUGGAUGCUUACACAGAGACAUUCUACCAGGCGGCAAACGAUAUGUUGUUCUUGCUCCGCAACACAGACGCCAGCGAGAACCAGCAAUUGCUGGCAUUUGCUACGCAGCUCGAGGCGUGUGUGCCAGUGGGCAAAAAGUGA